GCAAGUAUAUCCCCCCCCCCCCCUUCCCAAUCCAUGGUAAUCGAAGACGCCACAGAGAACGGUUCGGCAAAGAACCAAGCAGCAACCAGCACGGCCACAGCAGCCAUCAUUUAUCCUGCAGUAGAGAAAUGGCCCGGAUGGCCAGGACACUGCGUAUUUCGGCUGAUUGUACCAGUUUUGAAAGUGGGCAGCAUAAUUGGCCGGAAAGGCGAACUCAUCAAGAGGAUCUGCGAGGAAACCCGCGCCCGCAUCCGCGUCCUUGAUGGUGCUGUUGGUACUUCUGAUCGCAUUGUUCUAAUAUCUGGAAAGGAAGAACCAGAGGCACCUCUUUCACCUGCAAUGGAUGCUGCUAUAAGAGUUUUCAAACGUGUCUCUGGAUUGCCUGAAAAUGAUGGGGAUGCUAAAGCAGCUGGAGUUGCAUUUUGUUCAAUCCGAUUGUUGGUAGCAUCUACACAAGCAUUCAAUUUAAUUGGAAAGCAAGGCUCCUUAAUUAAGUCAUUACAAGACAGCACAGGUGCAUCUGUGAGGGUGUUGUCAGGAGCAGAUGAAGUUCCAUCUUAUGUGGCAGCAGAUGAGAGGAUUGUGGAGUUGCAGGGGGAAGCCCUAAAGGUUCUUAAAGCUCUAGAAGCUGUGGUGGGGCACCUGAGGAAAUUUUUGGUUGAUCACAGUGUUCUUCCUCUUUUUGAAAAGACUCACAAUGCAACUGUCACUCAAGAUCUUCAAGCAGAGACAUGGGCUGAAAAGUCAUCUCUGCUUACUGCUUCUCAAAGUGAAAUUGGAAUUGAUCUUCCUGUUACAGCAAGGAGGGAUUCUUUGUUCCUUGAACAUGAAACACAGUUGGAGUCACGAAUCCCAUCUUCUGGAAUUUCAUCUUUAUAUGGGCAGGAUCCUGCACGUUCGACAAUACAUUCUAAUUCAGGACUUGUUCGAUCUAUCGUUCCUAUUGUCACACAGAUUGCUCAAACAAUGCAAAUACCAUUUUCUUAUGCUGAGGAUAUCAUUGGGAUCAGAGGAGCUAAUAUUGCACACAUUCGUCGCUCUAGUGGAGCCAUUAUAACUAUGCAAGAGAGUAGGGGCCUAUCUGAUGAAAUAACCGUGGAAAUUAAAGGCACCUCAUCACAGGUUCAGUUGGCUCAACAACUGAUUGAGGAAUUUAUGAACAAUCACAAAGAUCCAGUUACAAGCAGCAGCUAUAGAGACGUGAGUUAUAGGUCCUCGUUUGCUCAGUUGGGCAGCACAUCUUCACUUUCAGCACAACCCUACGGUGGAUAUGGAGGAUCUUCUAGUGUAAGUGGCUACUCUACUUUUAGGCUUUAAGAGAAUUAUCAUUUACCUUAUUUAACUUUGGAGUCUCUUUUUGUCUGGUGGUUCUUGGUUGGGGGUUGAGAAGGGGGAAGGGAGAGGAGUGCGGAGUCAGGUUAAGUUUUAGAAAUGUAAUAUAUGUAAAGUUUCCACUUAACAUUCAUGCUUUCUUCAUUUGAGUUAAUAGGAUAAAAGGAAAAAGAUGUAGUGAAUUACAUCAAAGUAAGUUUGACAGUCCAACUUAAAACCUUUAAACAUUCAACCUUUUUCCUUUAUUUGUAUUAAUGUUGUUAUACUGGAAUUAUCUGAUAAUAAUAAUAAUAAUGCCAUAAUUUGAGCACUUUUUUUUUUUUAAUUU